AUGAAAGGGGUUAAAUCUCAUAUCAUUGCGCUGCUUGGUAUUCAGCCCACGGCAAAUAUUCCCAGUACACCCCAAGAAGCUUGGGAUGAACUGAUUGCUCGCAUAUCUGGUUUUUUCAUAGAUGAGAACUUCCUAUCAUCUACCCAUCCUCUUGUUGGCCACUUGUGUGUGACUCUCAGGAGAACUGGAGAUCUCAUUGGGAGGAUACCUCUGCCGGCUAUUGCUGCAUGUGAUGUGAAGGUCAAUACAUUGUGCAAAGUGAUCAACCAUAGGGCAGAAUUUGAUCCUCUCUUGGUUUUGUCAUUGAUAUACAAUGCUGCGAAACAAUCUCCUGGAGUCUCUGUUAGUGACAGCAACUUCUGGAUUCAGAGUGAAAAGCCCUAUUCUCCAGAGGCCGUUGAGUUGGCACUUGAGCGUUGGUCUGGUACAACAGACCCCAUAGAAGUAGAAGCAAUUAUUGUUCCCCACGUGUUGGAGGAUGAACUGAAGACAGUAAGAAUUAACCUACGAGAUAAUGAACAUUAUAUGAGUUAUGUUGCAGCAGAGCUCUCAGCAAGUGAUUCCUCUCAUGUUCUUGUAUCAAGAACAAUUGGAAAAGCAUCUUCAGAGAUAAGGCUGUAUUUUGCAGCCCCAAAUAUACAUGUUGUUUCUGAUAUAUCAAAACAUGCGCUUGCUUGUCAUGGAGAUGGUGACAUCAACUGGCUCUUGGCAAAUAUCGGAUACACAAGGAGAGAUUCGAAACUUCAAACUGAAGAUGUCAAUCUAUGUACCUAUUACAGGAUACUUCUGGGCAAGUUACCUGAUGGAAAUUGUAAGAUGUCUAGGGACUCGAUUCUUGCAGCGGAGCUUCCAUCUGCAUACUCUCAUUUUAGUUGUAAAGGCCUCUCUCCACGAGAUCUCCUUUGCUCAUUUUGUCGCCUUCAGAGGUUGCCAGAGCCCCAUUUUGCUGUCAGUAGGGUCUCCUGUGAUAGGUUAAUGUCAGCUAGCCUUCAUCAGAAGCUGAGCAAGAAAUCGAUGAUGCAGACAAAUGUUCCAACUGCUGUGCUCUAUGACGGAUCAAUAACGGACUAUGAUUCUCGCUUAUAUGGGUUCAAUAUUGGCACUUGUCUUGAGUUAACAUCUGAGAUAAAUGGCAUUGCUGUGAUCGAGCACGUUGAGGAGGACCAAGCGACUUUAUUUGGCAACGUCGUCUUGAGCUUAUUCUGCCCAACGGUGCUCAUUGUUUCCACACCCAACUACGAAUACAACCCUAUCCUCCAGGGGUCAGCUAUGCCCAACAAGGAUGACGAGGCAGACGAAAGCGUUGGUCCCUGCAAGUUCCGCAAUCACGACCACAAGUUCGAGUGGACCAGGGCACAGUUCCAGUGCUGGGCUACUGGCCUCGCGGUGAAGCAUAACUACAGCGUGGAAUUCUCUGGCGUUGGCGGCUCAAGCGAGGAACCAGGCUACGCUUCCCAGAUCGCUGUUUUCAGAAGAAUGAUGCAGGGUCAGGAAGCAAUGUGCCUGGACAAAGAUGGUGAUCAACCUUACGAGAUUCUCUGGGAGUGGCCUAACGCGUGUGAGGAGAAGAUCGGCACUGACCUGUGA